GUCCAAGCAGUCGACGUACCACGUGACGUAGCAUCGACCGAGCAGGCAGCCCACGACGACGACGGCGAGCUGUCUUUCUCUUUCAUGUCAGUUGAAUCCCAUCGUCUCAACCAUCCUCGUCCCCGUCAUCCGCCUCCUCCUCUUCGCUUGGAGCCCUCCUCCGUCAGAACUUCGUCCUCCUUUACGCCUCAGUCCCCCACUCUCCUCUAUGACCUUCCCUCAGCAACCUCUCUGUCUCCUCCCAAUAGUCCUUCUCCUCCUCCCACUUCUCCCGGUAGAUCUAGAAGAAAUGGACAUCGCACUCCACCCCUCGGCGGGCGAAAUCGCUCGCAGACUCGCAGUGAUUUAGAAAAGUUUUCAGAGUAUUGUCGGCUCUGGUACUUUCAUCAGGAUGAAGAAGCAGGUCGACUAAUGACACAGACAAUGGCAAACCUUCCUCCGUCUCAGAGAGCUCCCUUCUCGCGUCUACAAUCCUCUAUGCGGUCAACAUAUCAUCGUUCGGUUAACGUCAGGCGAACAGCAGAGUUUAAUGCUCAUUUGAGUGCCACCCAACCUGGCGCUUCUCUAACUCCUCACGCUAGAUUAGAUAUCAACGGCCCGGCUGCGAAGAAAGAGCGGUAUGAACGGUUCGAGCGUUUUUUGAGGAGCUGGUGUACCAUGGGUAUGCCCGGACCUCAACCUUUUUUCCAAUCCCUUUGGGCUAUCAUGCGGUUACAGGUGCUUCCAGAAAAUGUUGGGGGAGCGGGCAGAAACCGAAUUGAAUGGCAAUUCGACGACGCAGUAUUCAAAGAGGCAGCGGGAAAAGACUUUAUGCUGGAAGCCAUCGACGUCCUCAAAGGGGUCCUCGGGUUCGAGGAAAUUCCUUUUUCGAGGAGAAUUUCUACUCUGACUGGUGGGGACCCGUAUCCGGAUCUUCAUUCCAUCCAUUCGCGCUCCACCUCGCAACCUCUCCUCAAGGGGGAACACGCAACAACGGUUAUACAUUCCAAACGGGCACGCGCCCCAAGUGACCCGUUCAUUGAUAGACCCGCGCAUUCACGUCCUUUGGGAAGCCCACAUCCCCCCAUGUUGAUUUCCGCCACGUCCGAUUCAUCAGACGAGCCGUUGACAUCUAUUCAGGAAGUGGCCACGUUUGAUGAUGAAGAAGAGGAAUACUUGCGUAUAUGGACGACCCCUCUGGAUAUAAUAAAUUCCGAAUAUAUAUCCCUCAUUAAAUUGUUUCCUCCCCACGUCACUAGGAGGCCUUUACCUUACUUCCCGACCACCCCACCAUCACGACCUCUUGACAUUGAAGAAGGAGACGACGACGAUCAACAACAACUACGUAUAGGUACUGGAACCAUCAAGAUAAGUCGUAAACAACGUAGUGAUGGUUGGCAAGGCGGGUGGUGGUCCCGAUUUCUUAUGUGGUGGAGGGGAAUAUUUUGCUAGUUCCCAGUGUUAAUCUUUCCAGCUAUCUCCUCGCAGUGUAAGUUGUGUUGCGACUGCGAUCAGACUACGCAACCACCACUUAUAUCAUUUGAUCUCGCAUCUGUAUUUGCUGCUUUGCAUAGAUUCAGUGCCUGUUUGAAUAAAUCGGGGUGCUCAUUAGUGCAGCACACAGUCUCGGG